AUCCAAUUGUUUUCCCCAGCUUCCGAUGCUUCAGCUUCACCAACCCUCGAUUUGUCCUUAAGGGAACCCUAUUUCCGCCCUUAUCCGUUCCCGACAGGCCCCCCCCGCCUACUCCCUCGGUCGGAACCCUUUGACUUGUUUCGUCGAAGAUGGAUGCCAAGCUCAUGCCUUCGUUUUGAUUCGAUUGAGGGUUUUGUUUGGUUGGGCGGAAUGGAUGGUGGCAGUUUUGCAGCAGAGGAAGUGUUCUCGUAUAGAUGCUGGCAAGCAAGGAUUUGAAAGCUACUAAAUUUUGUGACUUGGAAGGCUGGAUUUAUGGUUAUCAUGGAUAAGAAUUGUUUCGGUGAAGGAGAUCCUGUGUUUGAUUUAGAAAGUGGCGUGAAUUCUGUGAAUAAAGAACAGCAAGAAGCAAAGGAUACCGUGUUUAGUGCUGGACAGGAUAAAGGAGUACUGGGUAGGGUGUGGAAUGGCUUUGUCGCUAUUAGUGGGUCGAUAAAAGGUGAAAGAUCUGUGAAGCUUUAUCAUAGUACAUCUAACACUGUAGAGCUUCCUCUCACAAAGGAGGAAGCUUUGGUGGACAAGAGGCUUGGACAAGAGGCAAAGGUGGGCCUUUCGGAGAAGAAAAUUGGAGUCGAGAAGACAAAAAAGAAGGGGUGCAAGAAACCUCCCAAACCACCUCGGCCUCCCAACUCUCCACCUUUGGAUGCUGCAGACCAGAAGCUCAUGAAAGAGAUCGCAGAGGUUGCGAUGAUGAAGCGGGCAAGGAUUGAACGGAUGAAAAAGAAGAUGAAGAAUGCCAAGUUGACACAUUCCAACGGCAACUUUUGGGCCUUUAUUAUCACUAUUCUUUUUGUCAUUGUUAUAAUAUGGCAAGGGGUUAUUUCUCGAGGCAGUUCCAAUUUCAGCUUCCAUGGUUCUCCCGAAUCAUCUGUACGAGCUAGGGGUGGAUUUAUUUCCAUUCAGUUCUACAAGAAUGCAUCAAAAAAUGUUCUUCAUGCUUCUACCUCAGCAUCCCCCAACAAUGUAUCCGGUUGAGAUGACCGACCACAAGAAGCCAUCGGGAAAGGAUCUGGAAGCUUUAAAGAACAAAAACUCGCCGACACCUGACUUCCACAAUGUUCUCGGUGGCAUGAUUGUGGAAUAAGCUCAGAUAUGUGCAGAGAUCAAUAAUUUCGGUGUAUCUCCUAACUCAGUUGUGUAUAUGAACAGAGUCCUAAUACACUUUUGUACAUGACCAUCAACACUUGUGCUGGGAUUUUGGAGAUUUCCUAAGGCCUACAUCAUGUUCUUGACAUUUUACCAUUUAUUUUUUUGUGGUUACCCAGCAGUCUUUGACCUGAUGCUGAAUAAAACCUUCCCUUUGGAGAAAGCUUGAAACCGAUAUUUACAAUUAA